CAAGAACCGUUAUCAGUGGCGGCAAUAACAAGUGAGGCUUCAAUCGACUUCCAGUAUAAAGAAGAUCAGUGCAGUUGCAUUGCCGGGUCCGUCCAUUUGUCCACGUGAGAACUAGUCAUUUCCGAUCGCAGCGAUGACGGGAACAGCCGCCGUGCUCCUCACAAUCACGAUUCCCACGAAGGCGGAGGAGGAGCGCCUGAAAAAGUUAUACACCCAAGUGGUCAAUGGUGAGGUGGCUACGCCCAUUGGAACAGCCAGUAGAGCAUCGACGAUCGAGAGCUUGUCCACCAUUCGGAUAGGGGAUUCCCCGCGUGAGACUCCCCAUAAGGAAGGAAAGCCCCAGAAUCCCCUGCCAAAAAUCCAAAUUCAGACGUCCGAUGGCAGAUCCCACGAUCAGCUCCUUGACAUCCCACUGGACACGGAUCAGGAGCAGGUGCUGCGACAGAUCCUUCGGAAAUUCCACAUACCCAACGCCGUUUGGCUGCCCAGUUUGGAGGGGAAUGCCUACCACAUAAGCUUCUCCAUGGAUUUCGAUGAGCGGUACGAGAAUCUCUACGAAACUCUGCAGGAAUUUGGGAUCGGUGAUCGGGAAGGAUCCGCGGUUUCCGUGGUCAGCUGCCUGGCCAACAGAUCCUAUGUAACACGAGAUACUUCAGAGGAACAGGAUGAUCAGCCAUCCAGUAGCGAAAACAUCAAUGCCCAAAAGCAAGGAAUCUGGAAUAAGUUUAUGAAUUCUGUGCGAUCUCGGUUGAAUGUGGCCCAGAUCAUAAGAGAUGUGCGCCAGGAUGCGGCCAUCACCUUUGACUUUUGCAUACUACUCGUGUCAGCAGCAGUUCUGGCCAGUUUUGGUUUGGUGGAGAACAGCACGAUCUUUUUGGCCUCCAGCAUGCUUAUUUCCCCGCUAAUGGGUCCAAUAAUAGCAGCCAUUUUCGGAACAGUGAUCCAGGAUCGAUCGCUUCGUAGAUUGGGAAUGCUUAACGAGCUGAUUGGAAUCCUCACAGCCACCUUGGUGGGAUUCCUCUUCGGAUUGGUGGUGUGCACCACGGAUCACAAGUACGGAAUUGGAGAAGGUCUCACAGAGGAGAUGCUCUCCCGUUGCGAUCUGCACUCCCUAGUUGUCGGAGUUUUCACGGCCAUUCCUUCGGGAGCGGCGGCUGCUAUUGGAAUCCUGGGCGGCAACAUUGGCUCCUUGGUUGGCGUGGCCAUAUCAGCCUCUCUGCUGCCUCCUGCUGUGAACUCCGGACUUCUUUGGGCAAUUGCCUGCAUCUACAAGUUUUUUGAAAAUGAUGAUUCUCUGUAUGUGGAUGUGAUCAAGUCGCGACGCUACUCGGACAACCAGGCAAAGGAAUUGGCUGUGCUUGGAGGCAUCAGCAUGUGCUUGACGCUCUCCAACGUGCUGUGCGUUUACUUGAUGGGCAUCCUGGUUUUAAAAGUCAAGGAGAUUGCACCAGUGAUUGGACGCAAGAACAGGCAAUUUUGGAAACACGACAUUAAGCUGGCACGGAACGGAAAAUUGGAAACGGAGUCGGAUAUUUUGGGCGAGCUCAUUGCUAACUUGGCCACCGAAGAUCAGAAAACGUUAAACUCCCUGAAUCGGCAAUUUCUUCGUAAUUUGGACGAAUCGAACUACCAGCACACUUGGUCGCCGCUCAGCAAUCGCCACAGUUUCUCAAUGCAGCCGCCUGGAGCUGGUUUCUCCACGAUCCACCGGCUGGAGCAGCUGUAUGCUACGAGAAUUGGAAAUAAUCUUCCCGUACCAGAGCGUCGCCAACGAAACAGUGUAGUCAGCAGACCCUCGCAAAGGAGUCACGAGGUCUCCAUCCAGUUGAGUCCACCACAGCCUCGUCCUCGAUUCUCCAGCAUGCCCUCGCAAGUGGGAAAGGACGAUCCGGCAAGAAAGACAGUCAUCCAAGGAGCUAGUUCCAAGCGGUUUACAGUCACGCCGGCUCGCGAGGACGAACAGCUGCCUUAGAAAUUUAUAAGAACCAUUCGAGUUUUCACUUUUACAGAUUUUGUUCAAGUUUAGUGUUAUUAGAGCUUAAAUGUUGUACUCUAACAGGGGGUAUUUGUUUUGUAAUUUAAAUCUGUAAUAGUGAGAUCCCGAUGUGGCGUUCACAUCUUAGUUAAGCGUAUAUGUGUAAUGUGAAUCUUUGUGCAACAAUUUCCAAUAACAACUACAAAUCUA